AUGAUCAUGGCUCUUCCUCUUCAAAUCUUUAUCACCUAUUUUCUCUUAAUCACCGCCACUGCCUCAUCUCGGUUUCAUUCGAAACCUCUCGACGCCGCACCAUCACCAACAUCACCUCCCGCCGGCUUUACCAUCGAGUUAACUCGCUCCAACUCCUCUUCUCCUCGACUCCCCAACGAUGUUGAUGGAUCAUCUCCUUACGCCGACACCGUCUUUGAUGACGCCUCCUAUCUAAUGAAACUACAAAUCGGUACUCCUCCUGUCGAGAUCGAAGCUGAAAUAGACACGGGAAGCAGCAUCGUAUGGACACAAUGCCAACCUUGUGCUAACUGCUACAACCAAAAAGGUCCUAUCUUCGACCCUUCGAAAUCCUCAACCUACAAACCCCAAAAAUGCGACGACGGUCCUUGUCCAUACGACGCUACCUACGCAGACAAAAGCUACACCAAAGGAACGUACGCGUUCGAGACGGUCACGAUCCAGUCCACCUCAGGCCAACCCUUUGUGAUGCCUGAAACCCUAAUUGGCUGUGGCCACAACAACUCAGGUUUCUCAAAUGCCAGUUCGGGCAUUGUUGGUCUAGGUUGGGGAUCUUCAUCGCUCAUCACUCAGAUGGGAGAAAAUUUCUUAGGUCUUUUGUCUUACUGCUUCAGCGGCCAGGGAACUAGCAAGAUCAACUUCGGAACCAACGCUCUCGUUUCAGGAGAUGGGACAGUAUCAGCCAAUAUGUUUAUCAAAACUGAGAAACAAGGCUUCUAUUACCUAAACCUAGAAGCGGUCAGCGUCGGAGAUAACCGCAUCGAGACGUUGGGGACACCGUUUCACGCCUUGGACGGGAACAUGGUGAUAGACUCUGGAACCACUUUCACGUACAUGCCGGAGAGCUACUGCGGGGAAGUGAAGGAGGCAGUGGAGAGCGUUGUGAAAGCGGAGCGAGGAGCAAGUCCCUCGGACAACCUGCUUUGCUACAACUCUGACACGUUGGAUGUGUUUCCGGUGAUCACCAUGCAUUUCUCCGGCGGUGCGGAUCUUGUCUUGGAUAAGUACAAUACGUAUGUGACUUAUGGAGCUGGAGGAGUGUAUUGUCUGGCGUUUAUGUGUACUGAUCCGACGUCGUAUGCUAUCUUUGGUAACAGAGCACAGCACAACUUUUUGGUGGGUUAUGAUCCUUCUUCACUGCUCGUUUCUUUCAAGCCCACAGAUUGUUCUUCAUUGUGGAGUUAG